AUGGACUUGUCAGGAAUACCGACUCCCAAAAUUGACUGGGAAGCAUCAAACCUACCAGAGCAGUGGCGAAAAUUUCAAAGCCACGUGCGAUUGAUCUUUGACGGGCCCCUCGCUGACAAAGCAGAGGAAAUUAAAGUAAACUACCUUCUCCUGUGGAUCGGAGAUAAGGGACGUGAAAUUAGAAACACUUGGACUGACCUAGAUACGGAAGAAAAUGCAGAAGCACGUAAAAAACUGCAAACUCUCUACGAUCGCUACCAAGCGUAUGUGCAACCGAAGUUAAAUCCAAUUUUUGCACGGUACAAAUUCAAUAAUGAAGUCCAGGGCGCAGGAACGAUAGAACAGUUCGUGACAAAACUGAGAGUUCUAGCUCGAGACUGUGCGUAUGCAAGCUGCGACGAGAUGAUUCGUGAUAGAAUCGUGUUUGGCACCUCAUCUGACAAGGUGCGUGAAAAACUAAUAAACGAAGGAGAAAAACUUACCCUGGACAAAGCGAUCCAAGUAGCGCAGUCGUACGAAUAUUCACAGCAACAAUUAAAAAGCAUGACACAGCAAGAAGUACACAGUGUGAAAAGAGGUGCUCCGAGCGGGCAUCAACGUCGAACCAACGAACACCGGGCGGGCAGGCAUUCCAAUGGGCACAAACCAAGCUAUCCUGGGAGCAGACAGCAAGCACAUGGACACAUGAACGGUGACAUGAAGAGACAUUCUAGUGGCAGUGCGCGGAAAUCAGGACAAUCUGAGUGCGGACGAUGCGGGUUCCAACACAAUAAACUUGCAAUAUGUCCAGCAAAAGGCAAACAAUGCCAGUCAUGUAACAAAUACAAUCAUUUCUCAAAAAAAUGUUUCUUUAAGGGUGCUAAGGUCCAUGAUGUGGAAGCUCUGCCAGAUAGUUCAGAUUCAAAUGAUGAAUUUUUCAUUGAUUCUAUUCAAACUCCCAGAAAUGCUAACCAAGCUUUCUAUACCCUUCAUGUAGGACCCCAAAAAGUCCCUGUUAGGUUUAAACUUGAGACAGGCUCACAAGCCAACAUUUUGCCUAACUCUUUGUUUGAAACAUUAGGGAACCAGGGUAAACUCCAACCUUCAAGUGAGAAGUUAUCUGCUUACAGUGGUCACACCUUAGAUACCUUGGGCAGCUGUCAGCUGACAUGUCAGCAUAAAGGUAAGUCAGUGGAACUUCACUUCCAUGUAGUCAAAACUCAAUCAACACCAAUACUUGGUAUGAGACCAUGUCUCGAUUUGGGCCUCAUAAAGCUGGUAUACACAUGCAGUGUUGACAGUCCCGUGUCAAAGGUAAGUGACUCGCAACCCCUAAACAAAGACACAGUUCUAUCUGAAUACAAAGAUGUUUUUGAAGGUAUAGGCCUACUUAAGGGUGAAUGUCACAUCAAAACAGACCCCAGUGUUCCCCCUGUAGUACACCCCCCACGUAGAGUCCCUUUAUCCUUGAGAGAAGGGUUAAAAGAGGAACUAGCUAGAAUGGAAAGCCUAGAAAUAAUCACUAAGGUCAUAGACCCAACAGAGUGGGUUAGCUCCCUUGUUGUAGUAAAAAACCCUGAGUCUGGGAAGCUCAGAGUUUGUAUAGACCCCAAAGACCUAAAUAAGGCAAUAUUAAGGCCCCACUACCCAACCAAAACCCUAGAAGAUGUCCUACUUGAAAUCUCGUGCGCCAAGUAUUUCAGCAAAUUAGAUGCUAAAAGUGGGUAUUGGAACAUAAAAUUAGAUGAGGAAUCGUCCCCCCUCACAACAUUUAAUACCCCCUUCGGCAGGUAUAGGUACCUCCGCCUCCCCUUCGGGCUGAAGUCAUCUCAAGAUGAAUUUCAACAAAAAAUGGACGAAUGCUACGAAGGCCUCGAGGGCGCCGUUGCCCUAGUUGACGAUGUACUUGUAUACGGGAAAACGCGCUCCGAGCAUGAUAAAAACCUACGCGAAGCACUUUUAAGGUCGCGUGAACGGGGAAUCAAGCUAAAUAAAGACAAACUUGAGGUUGGUCUCACUUGUGUCAAAUAUUUUGGCCAUACACUCACCGCGGACGGGCUCAAACCCGACGAAGACAAAGUAAGAGCAGUACAGCUCAUGAAACCCCCGACUAACAAGAGCGAGUUAGAAACGUUCUUAGGGAUGGUCACAUAUCUAUCCAAGUUUGCACCGAACUUGUCUGAAUUGACAAGCCCACUACGCGUACUUCUUACACAAAACAUAGAAUUCCACUGGGACAAACCCCAAGCUGACGCUUUCCGCCGGGUCAAAGACAUAAUAACUGCAAGUCCAGUUCUUGCAUAUUUUGAUCCGAACAAGGAAGUGAUACUCCAAACUGACGCAUCUAAAUUUGGCCUGGGUGCCACUCUAAUGCAAGAGGGUAAACCCGUCGCCUACGCCUCGAAGUCACUAACCCCCAGUGAAAUCAAUUACGCCCAGAUCGAAAAGGAAAUGUACGGAAUCGUUUUCGGGUGUAAUAAAUUCCAUCAAUACCUGUAUGGGCGCAAGGUCAAAGUCGAAACUGACCACAAGCCCCUGAUUCCUAUCAGUCAAAAGUCAUUACAUGCAGCUCCCCCACGUCUACAGCGCAUGCUCCUCAGAGUGCAGAAGUACGACCUAGACUUAGUGUAUGUACCCGGCAAACAGAUACCCGUUGCCGACACAUUGUCACGCAACUUCCUUUCUGACACAUACCCAAGUCUCUCAAAAGGUAUGGACGCACAUGUCCAUACCAUACUCCCCUCUAUCCCUAUCAGUGAUAGAAAGCUAGAAAAGGUGCGAGAUAGCACAAACGUCGAUACACAGUUCCAAACACUCAUAAACACUAUACUCAAUGGGUGGCCAGGGUUAAGGAGGGAUUGCCCCCCUUCCAUCCUAGAGUUCUGGAACCACAGAGACGAAUUGUCCUAUGUAGAUGGUCUAAUACUCAAGGGUACGAAGGUUCUCAUACCCAAAUCCCUUAGGCCCGAAAUACUCAAUGCCUUACACACAGGACACAUGGGCAUAGAAAAAUGCCUUAAAAGAGCACGGUGCUCCGUGUUCUGGCCCAAGUUAAAUGCUGAUGUGACCGAACUUGUAUCAGAGUGCCCAGUGUGCAUAAAGCACAGUUAUUCAAACGCCAAAGAGCCCCUCGCACCACACCCUAUUCCACUAUACCCUUGGCAAGUAUUAGCCACAGACCUAUUUGAAUCUGACGGCAAGGACUACAUUGUUGUAGUAGACUACUAUAGCUGUUAUUUUGAGGUAACCCAACUACACAGCACCACAUCCAAAGCUGUUAUCAAUGCACUCAAACCCAUAUUCACCAGAUUCGGAAUACCCGAAAAAGUUGUCUCGGACAACGGCCCACAGUAUUCCUCACAAGAAUUUGCAGACUUUUCCAGACAGUAUGAUUUCUUACAUGUCACCUCCAGCCCCCGCUAUCCACAAUCCAAUGGCCUAGCAGAAAAGUAUGUCCAAAUUGCUAAGAGAUUACUCAUAAAGGCUAAAGACGAUGGCCGUGACCCCUACUUAGGUAUGCUAGAAUACCGCACGACCCCUUUAGAUACAGGUUACUCCCCUGCUCAGCUCCUCCAAGGGAGACAACUCCGCUCAGUAUUACCAACUUUGUCCCAGGAACUUAUUCCCAAGGUUAUAAACCAUGCAGAGGUCAAGGUCAAAUUAGAAGCCAAACGAAAAGAGGAAAAGAAGCAGUUCGAUAAAGGUUCCAAGGAACUUCCCCGCAUAAAGGUAGGUCAAAAAGUUCAUGUUCAACAGUCAGAUAAGACCUGGAAGCCAGCUACAAUCUUAAGCCAAGAAGCUGACAGAUCCUUCCUUGUUGAAUCAGCAGGUAAGAUGUAUCGUCGAAAUAGGCGUCAUCUCUUAAAAAGGUCCAAUCCCCGUCCUUCAGUAGAUUUGGAUCUACCUAUGCCAUCUGUAAUCGAACCCCAAGUAACAUACAAUGGCAACACUCAGUUAUCUAGCACACUUACCCCCAAAGUAUCCCAAAACCCCAUCUCACACCCAAAACAGCCUGAAACUGUUCCCACAGUACAGCCCUAUAUGUCCAGAUCUGGCAGGGUUUGCAAACCUAAAGUCAUUGUAUCAAUGUGA